UUUUUUUAAAAAAAUAACCAUUAACGAUCGUAAUUUAACAUCGACUAUAUAUAUAGAUAUGACCAUGUGAAAAGGUUUAUUUAUAAACUAAAGACUACUAAACUCACACGGCUGUGAAAAUGAGCAACGCUCUAAUUGCUUUAGAGGGUUCUGCAUCAAAAAACAAAAGGUUAGAAGAGAAGGUAGCAAUAAUUACAGGUGGAGCAAGCGGGAUCGGAGCAAGUGCGGUGAAAAUAUUCCAUGAAAACGGAGCGAGUGUUGUUAUCGCUGAUAUCCAAGACGAACUGGGUCAGGCCAUGGCUGAUAAGCUCGGAGAAAAGGCCUGUUACAUCCACUGCGAUGUGUCAAAGGAAGAAGAUAUCCGCGACCUCAUCGACACUACCAUUGCAAAGCACGGAAAACUCGACAUAAUGUACAACAACGCAGGCGUUCUCGACAAGCCAUUUGGUGGGAUUCUGGAGACCACAAAGUCGGAUUUAGAGCGUGUAACAAACGUUAACUUAGUGGGAGCUUUGCUGGGAGCCAAGCACGCAUCAAGGGUGAUGAUACCCCAGAGAAAAGGAUGCAUUCUGUUCACCGCAAGUGCUGCCACAGCCAUCGCAGGACUCUCAACGUCUCAUCCUUACACCGCGUCAAAGUACGCGAUAUUAGGGAUAACUAGGAGCUUGGCGGCCGAAGUUGGCGAGUUUGGAAUACGAGUGAACUGCGUCUCCCCUUACGCUGUUGUGACGGGCAUGUCGCCUACUGGGGAAGCCGGCGUGGCGCAAGUAGAAGAGUUUUUGAGUGAAAUGGGAAAUCUGAAGGGACAUAUUCUGAGGGCUGAGGAUGUGGCCAAAGCUGCACUCUAUUUGGCUAGUGAUGAAGCACAAUACGUAAGUGGUCUUAACCUCGUGGUGGACGGUGGGUUUAGUAUUGUCAAUCCCACCUUAAAGUCACACCUAUAAAAUAAAAAUUAAUCAACAAAAUGUCACAAGUUCUACGUAUGCGCUUUGUUUUAUUUAAAUAAUAUGAUGAAAUACUCAUAAUUAUGCGAUAUGUCAAAUUAUUUAAAUUAA